UCUCGCGGCCCGAGUGCUUUGGUAAUGGCGGGCAUGGUAUAGUGGAGUGGGUGACGAUGGGAGAACUAAGUGAUGGUUACAAAGCUGUCGUACCACCGGGCCCAACAUGCUGUCAUGAUGCGUGGUCGUCCAGUAGCGCAAAGCACUUACAAGUAGCAGCCAAGUCGCCAUGGCAGACGCCGAGGCCGAGAACAAAGUAAAAAGUGCCAUUGAAGUCUGCGCCACAGCACAAGCGAUGAUUGAUAUUAAUUCCGAGCAUCUCGAAGGUCUUCGAACACGGUGUGAGACCAGCGCAGAAUUAACGCAGCACGAAAUACGAGCUCUAGAAACAAAACUCAUCAAGCUGUUCAGCCGCCAGGUACUUGCAAAACGGAAGUGCAGUGACUGCGAAAAUGCCUCAGAACUUAAGAAUUACCCAAAACUGCUCCUGUGGCUCAAGGUUGUUGGGCUUACACCCAACUCUAUACAGGGACUGUCCAACAAAUUCACAACAUUCGAUGACAUGCUUGAGAAGCCUGAGCAAGAGAUCAAAGGCUACCUCAGUGACGUCAGUGCUCGGGAAGAAGAGAAGCGGCGCUUCCUCAUUGCCAUGCGCAACCUCAAGACCUACACCGAGCGGCAACUUCGAGGAGUGGCGCCCAGUGCCGACACUGACCUGCACUGGGACUCGUGGGAUCGGGCCGGCGUGUCUCAUCUGCCUCGACGCACACACACGUCAGUGCCCUCUGAGGAGCUGUGCUCUUCUUUCGGUGGCACGCACUUGGCCCCUUCGGGAGGCGCCCUCAGACCUCCGACGACGCCUCCUGCAUCUCGGAGGAGAGCAGGUGCCGGUGGGAGCCCCAGUGGAAGCCUCAUAGCCCUGCCCGAUGCCCUACCACCCCUGACCAAAAGCCGCUCUCACGAGGCACACCUCGAGAACAGACUCGACUUGGGACCGGACCACAACAAUGCAACGUCGCGGCAACCUCCCACUCUACCGAACGAUGGUGGGUUGCGGAGACGGCUAGCCACGGAGCCCGGGCUGGAACUGGCCAACUGCUCACCACUUUCGCCAAGCCGGUCGCCGCCAUUUGUAUCCCCCGACCAACAGGGAGAUGCAUGUUUUGUGGAUGAGCCCGCCACGCAGCCCGUUGUUCCCAGGUCUCCAAGGAUGCAUGGAAUGGCCCAUGCAAUUCACCACAGGUUCACAUCUAGCGUCAAAGUCACCACCUGCCAGCAAUGUGACAAGGCCAUGUUCUUUGGCUACAAGUGCAAAGAGUGCAAAUUUCGAUGCCACCGUGAUUGUAUGGAGAAAGUGCCUCCCUCGUGCGGAUUGCCAAACGAACUGGUGGAUGUAUUUGCAGAGCACAUUCAGAAAGGAGGCAUGCAGUCCCCAAACCAUGCGGCGGCCCAUCUGGGAAGCAGUCCCCUUCACGGGGGCAGCAGUUUACGCUCCGAGGGGAGUCGUGGGGGGCGCCCUGCCAUCUGCCUCCCCCCGUUCCAUGGUGCUGGGGGCCCUGAUUCGUCUUCCUCGUCGUGCAACUCGUCGACGCCCUCGUCGCCGGCCUUCCUUAUGGCGGCCUCGCGACAGAACACGCCUUCCUCGGCCUCCCGCCUGCAGCAGUUCCAUUUUCCCGAGAUCUUGUCUUCUGAAAAGGAAUUAUCAGCUCCAGUGUCAUCACUUGCCCAGUCUGAUGUAGUCGAGACAGUCAAGUCUACUGACAGCGACAGGACGGUGUCUGGUACAUCAGGAUCUGGAAGCAUAAGCACGGAUUCCGAGAAGACGCUAGCCUCGACAAGAGUGGACUCGCAAGACAGUCAAGUCUCGGAUUUGGAUCCGACUGACAGGCUGUGGCCACGGCAAAAUAGUCUUUCUUUGCGGGAGUGGGACAUUCCUUUUGAUGACGUCCAAAUCAAGGAGAAGAUCGGGGAAGGCCGGUUCGGGAGCGUCUACAAGGGAAGUUGGCAUGGAAGUGUUGCUGUGAAAAUGCUCAAUAUGGAUCACAUAGAUGACAGGAAAACCCUGGAAACGUUUAAGCAAGAGGUCGCAACCUUCCGCAAGACGAGACACGAAAACUUAGUCCUCUUUAUGGGUGCCUGCAUGAAGCCACCAAAGCUUGCUAUCAUCACGAGUUUAUGUAAAGGCAUGACACUGUACAGACAUAUUCAUCUCCGAAAGGAUAAGUUCAACCUCAACAGGAUUAGUGGCAUAGCCCUGCAGAUAUGCCAGGGUAUGGGCUACUUGCAUGCCCGCGGCAUAGUUCACAAGGACCUCAAGACGAAAAACAUCUUCUACGAAAACGGGAAAGUGGUAAUCACCGACUUUGGCCUCUUCUCAGUCACCAAGCUCUGCCAAGGAAAUCGGAAGGGAGACUGGCUGACAAUUCCGCAGGGCUGGCUCUGUUACCUGGCUCCCGAAGUGGUGCGUUGCCUACGGGCGGACAACCAGCAUGAUGCCGACGACCUCCCUUUUGCCACCGCCUCAGACAUUUAUGCCUUUGGGACUGUGUGGUACGAGCUGUUGUGCGGGGAAUGGCCAUUCCGAGGCCAACCCUCCGAAUCCAUCAUAUGGCAGGUGGCCAAGGGCAUCAAGCAGUCGCUGGCCAAUAUCCAAGCCUCACAGGACAUCAAGGACUUCCUGAUGGUAUGCUGGUCGUACAAGCCCCAGGAUCGGCCGGCAUUUGCCAAGCUGCAGGUGCAGUUGCAGAGGCUGCCCAAGAAACGCCUCGCCCGUAGCCCGUCACACCCGACCCACCUGUCCCGCUCGGCUGAGUCUGCGUUUUGAAUGCCGGCUGCGACUAGCACUUCUUCCUCGUUUCCUGCUCCUGGCUACUGUGCUCCAACUUCACGACCUCCUCGUAAUUUCACGUCCUCUUAAUAUCGGUUAAGUUGGCCUUCAUAGCUUGAUAACAAAAUUCGUGGAUUGGCUAGUUGGUUCAUAAUCUUAAAUACUGGAUAGCGGGAAUUCGACACAGGACAAAGAACACAGAUAGCACUUGUCCUGUGCACCUGUGUUCCUUCUUUGUCCUGUGUCGAAUUCGUGCUAUCCAGUAUUUAAGAAAAAGUUGACCUUCAGUUAGCUGAGCUGCCCAGACACAACUGUAAGCCUCAUUAGGAAGCUUUACUUUAGCAACUGCUAUAAGUACGCUAGAAUGGAGAUAGUUUUUUUUUUCUGGGCAUCUUCAGCCCUGAUAUUGGUUAAGUUUGUUGCAUUUCCGAUUCAAUUCAACGCUUUAUUUAUUUUUCAUUGAACAAUGGAAGAAACGAGCAGUCACAAAAAGCUAGUACUGCAGUGAGUAGCUUGAAUAGGUGGCUUAAUGUAGAUGUUUGUCUACCGACGUUGUGAAGCAAAUUUCCUUAUGGUAUACGUUCGACUGGUUGUUUUCAAGUGCCACAGAAGCCUCUGGUGACACAUGCCACAUUCAGCUUGUCAAAAUUGAGUGCUCCGAACACGUUCGGCAGAACUGGCCAAAUGUGUUUGAAGCACUGCACUCCGGUUUGGAGCACUCUCACCUUUGACCUCGGAGAUUGACUUAAAUCUGAAUUUCCGGUCACACGGCUCCCACAGCUACUUUUGUUAAGUAUUCAAGGCCAGCUAAUCGGAAUUUGGCUUGCUACAGUUGGUAUACUUCAGAAAUCUGUCAAAUGUGAUACGUUUUGAUUCAGAUUAAUGAACCAGUUGGUGUCUAAUGAGGGCAUUUGUGCAUCAAACGUGUAUUUCAAUUGCAAAAUAUGAGUUAGCCUCGAGGUAAGGCCUCCAUUUCAAGGUAACAGUUGACAGGGCUAUAAAUGGAUGCACUGAACUAUUUUGGAAAAAUUGCACACUAACUGAUUUGACUGUUAUUUCAUAGUGACGACUCUGAAAUGAAGCAGUGUCUAAAGAGGGACAGUUAAACCUCUGCAUAACUAGCAUGCAUGCAUUCAUGUUUCGUUAUAAAUCACAUCUGUGGCGUAGAUAUUGUCGUAAUGUCUGAUACAUGUUUCUUACAUGCUAAUAUUACCAUGAAGCAUUUUAUAAAAGGUUUAUUUGGCUGCAUAUAAUAACCGGUAAUGUUCAUGUCUGUUGUGCUUGGUUUGACUUAUAACAAAUUAACACUUUAUAACAAUUACCCGAUGUGAUGAAGUAAAUACAAAACAUUUCUUGCCGAUUUCAGAGUGUAAAUAACAUCCUAUAGUGAAUGUUAGGUAUGACGAAGGUUUCUUAUGUUUUUUUGUUGUUUUUUUUUUCGAUUUCGUAAUGAAAGGGUUUGAUGGUACGAGAUCAACAGGACUUGUAAACUUUGUAGCCUGAUCAGGCAUUUUUUUUUUCCUUGCCUUUUUCAUCGUUUCUUGGCUCUUGGACAGUUCUUUCUUAUGUCUUCCUGUUACGCUUUUAUACUGAUGUUGUCAUAAACUAAGUGAGGCUAGAUAGUUCCGGGUACAGCUACUUUUCUGGAAUAUUUCCAGCCCUUUGCUGGCGUCAAGGAGGUGGCUUCUUAGCCAAUAAAAAAAAAGCAAAAGAAUGCAAUAAAAUGACUUGCUCGUAACCACAAACUAUGACGACAUUGGGCGAUCCAACAGGUGACUCAGUGACCUUUCUUUAUCCCUUGUAAUGUUUCGAAGUAUUCUUUCAUGCAGGAAAGUUGUCAGUUUCGUAUGACAGUGACGCAAGAACUUCAGAGCAAUUCGGUUGCAACCUUCUGUGCAACUAAUUUGCCUGGUGACAUGAAAUAGACUUUGCCUAAUUAUUCUGGCUUCUAAAUUAAUAGUCAAGUAAAACUAGUUACCAAGAAGAUUAAUUCUGUCCUUGCUUGUAGUAGCAUUGCUGUGAGAUCGUUUUGUCGCGUAGCUGUGCUGCCUCGGCUGUGCCAUGGCAUCGGAACUGUCAACCAUUCUUUCCACGUUGGUAAAUGGUGCAGAGUGUAACAUUAAACAUACGCAUCACACACAGCUAGAUUUGCGAGUUGAACAUGUAAAUAGUAAUUGCAGCACCGCAUUCUGCGGCACAUUUCAAGAGGUAACGCAUCGAGGGAAAGCUCACUGUGUCUCUUUUUUCUUUUAGAAGUCUUGCACCCAUGUGCUCAAGCAGUCGGUGCUCAAACCUUUUUCUCAAAUCUGCUAAGUUGAGUGCAACAUUGCUUUUCGACUAAAGAAGACACUGCUGCACUUGUGAAAAAUCGCUGCUGAGUGUCGACGAACAACAGUGACUAUUUUCGUUGAAGGGCAGCUGUACCAGCCACAUUCAUGGGACUAGCAUUCUCGUUUUCCACGGUCCAUCUUAAAGAGCACAACGAGCUUUGUGGCUUUCUUGUGUCUCUAUUAGGCUUCCUUUUGUUUAAUUCAUUUUAAGGUUUCUUUAGCGCUCUACAAUGCCAGGAUCUCGUAAGCUUGUCGUCUUCGGUUCAUCUUGCUUCGUUUUUCUGUAUUCUGUGAAAAAUAGGGAGAGAAUCCUGUUCAUGUCGUGCUGUUUUUUUUUUGGGUGAGGAGUACAGUUGUCAGUUGCCAGAAACUGAGCACUUUUCCCGAGAUGUAAUGGUAACAAUAUUUUCAUCAAAAACUGCCUUAAAGGGGUACUGACACGAAAAUUUUCAGUUGUCAUUUUUUUGCAUCAAAUGAAAGGCCAAGCUCUCGAAAGCGUAGAAAAUGUACUGCCAAGUGUGAGUGCACCCUGAAAAAGUACUUACAAUAUGUUUUUAAAAGCUAGUUUCGGUUCCUACUGUACCCUGACGUCACAACACUGUAUGAGCUUCUUCUCAUGUGCUCGCACAAGAUAUCGUGAUGUUUCCACGACCGCUCUGCACCAUGCCUCCAGUGGUGACACACAAGUGAAUGAAUUUUGAAUGUUUUGGUGACGCACAAGCAUCUAUUUUAGAAGCUUUUUACCUGACGUCAUCACACCUAGCCAGACUGCCGCAUGAAUCACGAGAACUAGUACUGUAGCCUGACGUCAAGCGAGUGUCAAUGUCUGUAGGUGUGCCACAAGAAAAUUUGCUUUAAUAUCAAAAUAAAAUAUCUUAUCAGCAUUUGCUGAGCUUCACACUUGCUUAGAGCCGUCUCUGUAUACAGGAGAUUUGUAUGGUAGAGUACACUCACCUUCGAAAAAUGGUGUCGGUACCCCUUUAAGGAACCAGAAGCUUAGUAAUUUCUCAGUACGGCGAUGGAAUGUUUUUCCUCCUUGAUAUUGCGGUCGUGCACUAAAGGAGGCUGUCUCAAGCUGUGCGGAGUGGUGGAGCUCCAGACUCUAGGUAGUUAGCUCCGAAGGACAAAGCAAAAAUAACGAUGUCCUAUUUUGAAUACUUUCGUAGCGUCUCCACAAAGCCAGCUUGACGCUGGAGAUGCUGGAGAAGUUGCCGAAUUUGUGGCCUCCGACUCGUUUGAUAUUCUGUUCGUCGUGCUUUGGUUGUUCACUACACACCUUGUCGCCUUGUUAUGCGUAGACGUGCAGUGUAGUUCUUCUGGCAGUGGCACACUUUACUCUCAUUACACUUCUAGGUUCUGCAAUAACGUUUUUGGUAUGUCGAGCUGUCAUUCACGUGCUAGUGCUGCCGCCAGCAGAGUUGCGGGUAUUGAAGCACAAGUCAGUGACUGGAACUAUAGUGCUCACUAAGAGGAACUAUUUCACACUUCUCAGCCAUAUGCAACACCAGACGCUUUCAUGUCGUCAGAUGUUUUACCAUUACAACGUUACUGCAUUUAAUGUUGACAUCAACCCCAGAACAGUCAGCGAGAGUGAGGGAGUUACAAGGUGAUGGUCGUUUUGUGUAAGUGCUUUUGAGCUCAAGGAAGGCGUAGUGUUUCUACGUUACAUCUUUUUUCCUUAAUCUUUAAGCCCACUUCUUGUAGGUGCCAGUGAAGCUACCGUAUUUAUUCGAAUAUAGGUCGACCUUUUUUUCCCAAAAAUGUUGCCCAUAAUCAGCUAUCGACCUAUAUUCGUGACCAAAGAAUCUCGACCUAUAUUCGCGAUCAAAGCGACCAAAAGCACCGCACCUAUGCCGUUCAACUGCCGCGCCUGCUGUUCUUCAAGCAGUUCCUGCUACAUACGCACAUUAUAUACCAUAAAAUCUGGUAUAAAAACCGUACCCGUUCGCCUUUUCCGACUAAGUAACUAAGAAAAAAAAGUUAUUUGCGCAAUAGCUGCACACCGCCUUUUCAAAGCACCCGCGAAAUGCAGCCGCUCCGCCAUGUUUGCGCUGGAACCCGUGAUUUCCCUAGGUAGGCCGUGAAGUCCCUAGCCCCCUAGCCGUGCUGCCUGCCGACGCGCAGCCGCACUGGCACA